AUGGCGGGCUCUGGUUUCAAACCGCAUCCGGGCGGAUCAAAUAUCCCCCCUGCAGCAUGUCAUUCAUUUAACUCGGUCACAAGUCCUACGCGCGGCUUGAAAUACUUGACCCUGCCUGAGGGGUCAAGGGAAAGCAAAUACUGUGCAAAAAAUUUUCAACACACCCUUCAAACAAAGGAACAACCUAACAUCCGCAUUUUCGGACAGAGCAAACGGCAACUCGAAUUCAGCUCAUCCGAGAGGAGAAACAGCAAGAGAGAGAGACUUUUUGACUUCAGCAACACGAGGAAGAGUUUGGUUUGGAGACGUGUGCGUAUGUGUCGCACCAAGCGCUCCAACAACUAUACCACUGUCGUCUCAACUACCACGCAAACCCUACCUCGACCGAUGGUGGCCGGGCCGGAAUAUGGUUCUGCCGCCAACGGCCACCCCCGCAAAAGCAAUAACGAUGACUGCAAUGGUGCAUAUGGGAAUGGUGUAUCGCGCCGGCGUAGCUGCAGCUAUGGCUGCGCAGACUGCCACGGCGGACGACGGGGCCAUCAUCGAUCCGCCAUAUGUCCGGUUGGAUUGUUGAUCAGUGGAAUGACGCAGACAAUGCGGAGUCUUCAGGUAAUGAACGAGCAGGAGAAGAUAGUUGAAGAGCAGAAGGGGAUGGAGAAAGGUCCCAGAAGAGUCGCAAAUAGUGACGACGGGAAGGAAUCUGCAUCGCCCCAUGAUACGGAUGGUGAGAGUGAGACUAGAAGCGAAUGUGAGGAAUCUGCGACGCUUGCAAGAAGGAAGUAUGAGCAGCAUUCGGAGAAGCCACAACGCUGGAAAGAACUUGCCUAG